GGCGUGCGUGCGCGCCGCCGCGCCCACAGUCCCGCGGGUGGGACUGGGCGUGGCCGGAGGAGGGUGUCUGGCCGGGACGACUCAGAUUUGGGAGGCAGGCCCAGGCGGGGCCCGCGCGCUUCCCCACCUCUCUGCUCUGGAGAAGUGGCUGGGGUCGUGGGCGGCGGAGGCGGGCGGGCGGCGGUGGGCUCGGCGGUCACAGCCGGCUGAGUGGGCCCUCUUCUCUCUCCCCAGACCCUGUCCCUGGGAGCCCUGCCCGGCGACGCAGGGAUGGCCCCGAGGCCUCCAACGGCCAGGCACCAGGAAUCACUGACAUUUAAGGAUGUAGCUGUGAACUUCACCCAGGAAGAAUGGCACCACGUGGAUGCUGCUCAGAGGCGCUUAUACAGGGAUGUGAUGCUGGAGAACUAUAGCCACUUGGUUUUUCUUGGAUAUCAAGUUUCCAAGCCAGAGGUGAUCUUCAAAUUGGAGCAAGGAGAAGAACCGUGGAUAGCAGAGGGAGAAAUCCAAAGACCUGUCUGUCCAGACUGGAAGACCAGGCCUGAAGCCAAAUCUUCACAUCUGCAGCAGAGUAUAUCUAAAGUAUCCCUUAGCACAGAUGAGCUCUCACAUACCACGGGAGAAGAUACUUGGGACCUUAGUGGCCAGUUAGAAAGGCAUAAGGAAAACUGGAAGAGACAUCUGGGGCCAGAUUCAUCCACCCAGAAGAAAAUAAUCACACCAGAGGAAACUUGUGAGCAAAAUACAUUUGGUGAAAACUGUAGAUUGAACACAGACCUGAUUACACAACUGAACAUUCCUCCAGGGUCUAGUGAAUGUGAUACCCUUGGGAGCAAUUUGGAACAUAAUUCAGACUUGCUUAAUCAGAAUAAUAUCCUUACAAAAAAGAAACCUUAUAAAUGUAAUAAAUGUAGAAAAGCAUUUAUUCACAGAUCAUCUCUGACUAAACAUGAGAAAACUCAUAAAGGAGAUGGAGCUUUCCCCAAUGGUACAGAUCAGGGAAUUUAUCCUGGAAAGAAGCACCAUGAAUGUACUGACUGUGGGAAAACCUUCCUCUGGAAGACACAACUUACUGAGCAUCAGAGAAUUCACACUGGAGAGAAACCCUUUGAAUGUAAUGUGUGUGGGAAGGCCUUCAGGCAUAGCUCCUCCCUAGGUCAGCAUGAGAAUGCUCAUACCGGAGAGAAACCCUAUCAGUGUAGUCUUUGUGGGAAAGCCUUCCAGCGCAGCUCCUCUCUUGUUCAGCACCAGAGAAUUCACACAGGAGAAAAACCUUAUCGAUGUAAUUUGUGUGGGAGGUCGUUUAGGCACGGCACAUCCCUCACUCAGCAUGAGGUUACACAUAGUGGAGAGAAACCCUUCCAGUGUAAGGAAUGUGGGAAAGCUUUUAGUCGAUGUUCUUCUCUUGUCCAACAUGAGAGGACACAUACGGGAGAGAAACCUUUCGAAUGUAGCAUAUGUGGGAGAGCUUUUGGUCAGAGCCCAUCCCUUUACAAACACAUGAGGAUUCAUAAGAGAGGCAAACCUUACCAAAGCAAUAACUACAGCAUAGAUUUCAAGCACAGCUCAUCUCUUACUCAAGAUGAAAGCAAUGUCACUGAAGUGAAGUCCUAUCAUUGCAAUGCCUGUGGGGAAGACUUCAGUCACAUUGCAGACUUCUCUGACCAUCAGAGGAUCCACACUGGAGACAAGAACCCCUAUGAUUGUGAGCAGGCCUUCAGUCAACAACCUAUUUCUCAUCCUGGUGAGAAACCCUAUCAAUGUAAUGUAUGUGGAAAAGCAUUCAAAAGGAGUACGAGUUUCAUAGAGCAUCACAGAAUUCAUACUGGGGAAAAACCCUAUGAAUGUAACGAAUGUGGAGAAGCUUUCAGUCGACGCUCAUCACUGACUCAACAUGAGAGAACCCACACUGGAGAGAAACCCUAUGAAUGUAUCGACUGUGGGAAAGCCUUCAGUCAGAGUUCAUCCCUCAUUCAGCAUGAGAGAACUCAUACUGGAGAAAAACCCUAUGAAUGUAAUGAAUGUGGGCGAGCUUUCCGAAAGAAAACCAAUCUGCAUGAUCAUCAGAGGAUCCAUACUGGAGAAAAACCCUAUGCUUGUAAGGAAUGUGGGAAAAACUUCAGUCGAAGCUCAGCUCUUACUAAACAUAUGAGAAUUCAUACACGAAAUAAACUGUAGGACCCUUGACAUUAAGAAAUAUGAAGAAAGCUUUAGUUAAAAUAUUCAGUAUCAAGAUUCUUACAGGAGAGGAAGCUUGAGGAUAUAAUGAAUUGUGUGUGUGUGCAUGCACACAUGCCUGCAGGUGUGUAUGCUUGUGCGCAUUGUGUGUUGAGAAAUCUCUGUACUAGCAGUGUUUUUUUUUUUUUAAAUAAAAGCCACAUUCUCAGAUCUGAUUACAUACAUGUGAAAACAACUACAGACGUCUUAUAUAACCUGUUAGAAAUGACAUGCCUAUAUAUUGGACUUUGUAAAGUUUUGAAUAUAUGUAUGCAGGGAAUCGCCAACUUUCAACAAUUUGAUUUGUAACUCUCAGUGUUUACAGCCUUUUUUAAUAAAUAAAACUCCCACAGUGAUGACCAAAACUCAUUUUUAAAUUGCUUGACAAAUGAAUUCAACUGCAGCUCUUACAUUAAAUUUACCAUGGAAACCAGUUUCACCUCCAGGAAUUCACCAUUCAGAGAAUUAAAUCAGCUGGUCCAGCCUCUUCCUUGUACAGAUGAAACUGAAAGCCAAAGAUGUGAAGUGGUUUGCAAGCCUGAUACAGUUUAUAACAGUAAAGCUGGGUGGAAAAUGCAGGUCUUCUGGAUCUUUGGCCCCAUGGUCUUGCCACUGAAAAGAUAUUUUGGAAUUCAGGGCUUUAAAAUAAGUUUUAAAACAAAUGCACAGAUAUUUAACAAGCACUCAGGAGUUGAAUAUAAGAGGCAGCAAGACAUAUGCAAAUUUGUCAUUUAAAGCAGCUUGUUGGAAGCUUACAACCAAAGUUGUAAAUAGUAGAAGUACUAAUGACUUCUUUCCUUUUCCCAAGUAUCAUACUUCAGGAAACAUAUGGUCAGUUUCAUAGAAUUUAUUAAGUCUUCCUGCUGUGCUUUUCAUGAUCCUCCCAUGGGAAAGCACUGCACCAAGCUUCCUAUAUUGAUUUGAUCAAUGGGAAAACAACACAGAACCAUAGAGGAAAAAAAAAAAAUCCUCCAAUUUAAUUUUACUCUAAAGUAUGAAUCCAGUUAUCUCUUGCCAUAAAAUUUGCCUUUAAAUCAGUUAAGGGAAUCAGCAUAUAGUGGGUCAUUUUAUGUGCCAAGGAAAUUUUCACCAUUAAAAAAUUAACAUUUUUGGCUCUAUGGUGCUUUUCCAUCAGUAAAGCAUGAGGUAAGCUUCAGGAGCCCACUCUAGUCAUUAAUAUCCUUUAAAGUCUCCCAUGGGCUGUUCUAAAGGAAUUUCCAGAAUCUUUGUUCAUUCACUGGCACCUGUAGUGCCAGAUAAACUUGGGAGCAACUGUGGAAAUUGACGCCUUUCAUGAAAGCCUCUGCCCCUGCCCCCAAGAUAAGCAGAUUUUUCCAUCCUAAUGAUGAAUCAUGGGGAGGAGUGAUAAGGGUUGGUGUUGAUAGUAAUCCUUUCUUACUGACUUCUCUGCAUACCAGGUAGCAGGAGCUAUCCUUUUUGUCUCAUCCUGGAUAAUGUGAUGCAGCUCCGAAACAUUCUUCAUAAUCCUCUGCAGGAAAAAUGUGUGUGGGGUCAGAAAUGUGGGAUGUCUAUCCCAGUGCAUUUAUCACACGUGAAGCAGGAUGGGUUAUUCUGUAGCAGAUCUGUCCUCCCAAGACUUUUUAACUGUUCAAAAAUACCUCUUCUGUGACGUUCACCACUUAGUCCUUCAUGCACACACGAUGCCAAGACCGUGCCUGUAUUGUCAGUAAUUCUACUCAGAACCUCCUCCACUGAUUGGCUUCUUAUCUGGAAGCCUAUCAGAAAGUCUUUUUGCUUUUGAUUGGGGAUCCCCAUAGUGGACUGUUUGCAAGAAUGGCAUGAAUUGUAACCAGUUGAGUGCAACAUAACUGUUACGGGAGUUUAUAAAGACUUGGUUCCAGGAUACCUAAAGGAGACCACUGGUUUGUGUGUGGAGUCUGGCCUAGAUCCAACCAGUCCCUGAAUCUCAGCACAUCGUCAUUGGCAGGGGGAGCCCAGGAUGUAUGCAUGAAUGGAGGAUUGUCCCAGCAACCACACACCAUGCAUUUACGAACACCGAGCUUUCUAGGCAAUAUGAAUUACAUCCUUGGAACGUCAUUGUAUUAUUUCAAUAAAUAGCCUUCUUAGUUGAA